AUGGCUUGUGCAAGCCCGUCCAUGACGGUGGAAUCUCACGGAAAUGAAAACGAUAUCAAUGCAGCCACUGGAUUACUCUCGCCCGCGGCAAUAUUACGGAAUCGGAGACGCAGGCAUUCGUUUCAUGCUGCGCGGAGACUUUCCUGCGAUUACGAUGCCGACGCUAUAUUUCUCAGAGUCGAACUCUUUCUCGCUGACAUGGAACGGCGGCUGCAGUGGCUAGAGGAAUACAGACAGUUUCACAUGGUAGACAUUGACUCCGGCUUGAAAAGAGCGUAUGCGGCCUUGGAAACUGUUCGAGACAAAUGCUGCCAUGCAUCUGGGGAGUUAAUGGGCGGGGGAAAGCGUCGCGCAAAAAUCGUUGUGGAGACGCUAGAGGAACAAUAUAGCCAUGCCCUUGCGACAAAAGAAACACUGGAUCAGAAAGCCCAAGCCGGUAUGCGACUGAUGGAGAACUUUUUGUCAGAAUUAGAAGCGAGCGUGCACGCUGUCAAGGAUAGAGGCAUAUAUGGCGCCAUUGACGAUGGUUGGCGGGCUGUGGAUUCGGGUUUACAUCAUGCUCGCGAGCGUGCGCGGCACGCCCAAGUUGCUUUGAGAGAAAACAUCGAACGGGCGAUUCAGUUAGCCCAGGAAAAACGUCUUAUCACGUAUGCGGAUCUUCCGCAUCCCUGGAGAGUAAACCCACAUAUCUUAGACGGCUACCGGUUCACAACAUCCAAGAUCGAGUGCGUUACGUCUGUUUUCACCUUUUCAAACGAGCUCGUCAACAUCUGGUCGCAUCUGAUUGGCCUAAUCAUCGUUCUGGCUGUGGCAUUCUAUUUCUACCCGUUAAGUCCAAAUUUUACUCUCAGCACGAAGGCUGACGUUGCGAUUGCCGCCAUAUUCUUUAUCGCGGCCUGCAAGUGUCUUGUGUGCAGUACAGUGUGGCACACUAUGAAUGGCAUCGCGUCGCAGUCCCUUAUGGAACGUUUCGCCUGCGUGGACUACACAGGGAUAUCCUUUCUUGUCGCUGCCUCCAUUGUUACCACUGAAUACACGGCAUUUUACUGCGAGCCCCUUUCUCGCUGGAUAUACAUUCUCAUGACCUCCUCCCUUGGCAUCGCCGGCAUCAUUCUCCCCUGGCACCCCACAUUCAAUCGUGCCGAUAUGGCGUGGGCGCGCGUGGCCUUCUACGUGACCCUCGCCCUAACCGGAUUCGCGCCAAUGGUCCAAUUAAGCAUUACCCGUGGCCUAGCCUGGCCAUUCUAUUUCUACUCUCCCAUAAUGAAGAGUCUUCUGGUAUACCUAACCGGUGCCUGUAUCUACGCCUCCCAAAUUCCUGAGCGCUGGCGCCCUGGUUUCUUUGAUUAUAUCGGCGGUAGCCAUAACAUUUGGCAUCUAGCUGUUUUAGGCGGGAUCUUGUUCCAUUAUCAUGCGAUGCAGGAUCUUUUUGCUGGGGCUUUCGUCCGUGCUCAGGGUGAAUGCCCAGUUUUGACUUACUAA